AUGCCCCACGCCUCAGCGCAAGGCCGGGUCCCCUGGCUCGCUGCCAUUUCGCCCGAGAUUCGGUUACUGAUUUUAUCUUUCCUGACCAACCGCGAUCGAAAGCGCCUGCGACUCACAUGCAAAGUCCUCAGCGACGUGACGCCGUUAUGUCUCUCAAGGGUGUUUCUCUCCGCCAAUCCCCUCGAUAUCGAGGUGUUUCAUGCUAUCGCAGACCAUCCUCAGUUUCGGCAUCAAAUCAAAGAGAUAAUCUGGGAUGAUGCGCGCUUUGUUUCAACGCCGCCCCUGUCAGAUGACUACUGGUGGGAGGUGAUAGAGGGUGGAAUCCAAAGCUCGCCUCAGCUCCCCGAAAUGGACUCUGAUUCUGACUCUGACUCUGAUUCUGACUCUGACUCUGAACCCAACUUACCCCGUUGGUUCAGGAAAGAGUGCGAGAAUAAUAUCCAGUUCAUCGACCAUAGGAAGUGCUGGGACCGGGAUCUUCCCCACCACAUCGCACGACAGAAACAGGUUGACGCGCAGAUGUCCCUGCAUGAUUGCUGGGAGCUCUAUCAAAAUUGCAUAGAGCAACAGGAUGAGGUGAUAUCUUCUGGGCGCGACGAGAAUGCUUUUAUCUACGGCCUCGACCGAUUUCCAGCCCUGAAAAGACUCACUGUUACACCCGCGGUCUAUGGGUGGCUUUUCUCGCCGUUGUAUGAAACGCCUAUGAUUAGGUCGCUGCCUUACGGGUUCAACUACCCCAUCCCGCGAGGAUGGCCAACAGCCGCAUUCGGCGAGAAUCCAACAAUCCCGGUUGCAUGGUCUCGGGCACCAGAGGCCUAUAAAGAGCAAUGGCACGGGGUCAGAAUUGCUCUCCGCAUUCUCGCUCAACACGAGCACAAUAUAUCAGAGCUAAGCUUUGAUCCAUUUUUGCUCGUCACCGGCAUCAAUUACUCCAUGUUAGAUCAACCAAGCGAUGAAUACAAUCACUUCUUGGCUAUCAUGAAGCGCCCGGGAUUCAGCCAUUUGAACCUGCCCUUGUUCGUUGGCGGAAAUGGAACUCAUUACUGGGCCCAACAAAGCAGUGGAUACCUUUAUCGCGCUCUCAGGGAAGCGAAGGACCUCGAAUAUAUCAGUUUAUCAACCACAAUCGGGUCUGGCCCUAUGGACCCACCGAUUCUCUUAAAGAAUGUGUUUCCUGUUGAACACUGGCCAGUCCUUCGCCACUUUGGUCUCUGGUGUUUCGAUGCCUCCAAGUCAGACAUUCUUGAUCUACUAAAGCUCCUCCCGAGAACGCUGCGCUCUCUUGAGUUUGGUCUUCAUUAUUUUCAAAUUGGAGGGGACUGCUUGAAUCACCUUCUCGAGGCUAUACGCACAGAGCUUCGCUGGUCCGAUGAAACCAUCAAACCAAGUGUUCGGAUUGUUAUGCCGGGAUAUGAGAUCAUGAUCGGAAGGGGCGUCUGGCUGGAAGACGAGUUAAAUGACUUUCUGUACGGCUCUGGUGAAAAUCCUAUGCAGGGACGGGAUUUCAAAAACCCCAAGUUUGGGAUGGGAACACUACGUGACCUGUUCGAGCCAGAGUUUACACGGCCCAACUUGGAACUUCGGCAACUUUCAGAACUAGGCAUCAUCCGGUGGCCAUAG